AUGUUUGUUCGCAAGCGUGAUGGACGCCAGGAGCGCGUCCAGUUCGACAAGAUCACGGCCCGCGUCUCGAGGCUGUGUUACGGCCUGGACAUGGACCACGUCGACCCCGUGGCCAUCACCCAGAAGGUCAUCUCGGGCGUCUACGGCGGUGUCACCACCGUGCAGCUGGACGAUCUGGCUGCCGAGACCGCCGCCUACAUGACCGUCACCCAUCCCGACUAUGCCGUGCUGGCCGCGCGCAUUGCCGUGUCCAACCUCCACAAACAGACCAAGAAACAGUGGUCGACGGUCAUCAGCGACCUGUACCACUACGUCAACCCCCGCAACCAAAAGGCCUCGCCCAUGAUCGACCAGGCGACCUACGAGUGCGUCAUGCGCCACAAGGAAGACUUUGACUCGGCCAUUGUCUACGACCGUGACUUCAACUACCAGUACUUUGGGUUCAAGACCCUCGAGCGCUCCUAUCUGCUCAAGCUCGACGGCAAGAUUGUCGAGCGCCCUCAGCACAUGAUCAUGCGUGUGGCUGUCGGCAUCUGGGGCGACAACAUUGAGCGUGUCAUUGAGACGUACAACUACAUGUCCAACAAGUUCUUCACGCAUGCCUCGCCGACGCUCUUCAACGCCGGCACCCCGCAGGCCCAGCUGUCCUCGUGCUUCCUCGUCGACAUCAAGGACGACAGCAUUGAGGGCAUCUACGACACGCUCAAGACGUGCGCCAUGAUCUCCAAGACGGCCGGUGGUAUUGGCCUGAACGUCCACCGCAUCCGCGCCACGGGCUCCUACAUUGCCGGCACCAACGGCACGUCCAACGGCAUCAUUCCCAUGCUGCGUGUGUUCAACAACACCGCCCGCUAUGUCGACCAGGGCGGCAACAAGCGCCCCGGUGCCUUCUGCAUCUACCUCGAGCCGUGGCACGGCGACGUGUUCGAGUUCCUCGACCUGCGCAAGAACCACGGCAAGGAGGAGGUGCGCGCCCGCGACCUGUUCCUGGCUCUGUGGAUUCCGGACUUGUUCAUGAAGCGUGUCGAGAAGAACGGCGAGUGGACCCUCAUGUGCCCCAACGAGUGCCCCGGCCUGGCGGACUGCUACGGCGAGGAGUUUGAGGCCCUGUACGAGAAGUACGAGAGAGAGGGCCGUGGCCUCAAGACCGUCAAGGCCCAGAAGCUGUGGUACGCCAUUCUCGAGGCCCAGACGGAGACCGGCAACCCCUUCAUGCUGUACAAGGACCACUGCAACCGCAAGAGCAACCAGAAGAACCUGGGCACCAUCCGCAGCUCCAACCUGUGCACGGAGAUUGUUGAGUACUCUGCGCCCGAUGAGGUCGCUGUGUGCAACCUGGCGUCGCUGGCCCUGCCGUCGUUUGUCGACUACACCAACGAGGUCUACGACUUCAAGAAGCUGCACGAGGUGACGCAGGUCGUUGUGCGCAACCUGAACCGCAUCAUCGACGUCAACUUCUACCCCGUGCCCGAGGCCCGGAACAGCAACCUGCGCCACCGUCCCAUUGGUGUCGGUGUUCAGGGUCUGGCAGACGCCUUUUUGGCGCUGCGCAUGCCCUUCGAGUCGCCCGAGGCGCGCGAGCUCAACAAGCAGAUCUUUGAGACGAUCUACCACGCUUGCCUGACGGCGUCGUCGGACUUGGCGGAGAUCGAGGGCCCCUACUCGUCGUACGAGGGUAGCCCCGUGUCGCAGGGCAUCCUUCAGUUCGACAUGUGGGACGUCACGCCGUCGGGCCUGUGGGACUGGGAUGCGCUGCGUCUGAAGAUCAAGGAGCACGGUAUCCGCAACAGUCUGCUGAUGGCACCCAUGCCGACGGCGUCGACGUCGCAGAUUCUGGGCAAUAACGAGUGCUUCGAGCCCUACACGUCCAACAUCUAUCAGCGCCGUGUGCUGGCUGGCGAGUUCCAGGUCGUGAACCCGUGGCUGCUCAAGGACCUGGUCGACAUGGGUCUGUGGUCGGACAACAUGAAGAACCGCAUCAUUGCCGAGGGUGGUUCGAUCCAAAACAUUCCCAACAUCCCCGCCGAGACCAAGGCGCUGUACAAGACGGUGUGGGAGAUCUCGCAGCGCACGAUUGUGCAGAUGGCGGCCGACCGCGGCGCGUUCAUUGACCAGUCGCAGUCUCUCAACAUCCACAUGCGCGAGCCGACAAUGGGCAAGAUCACCAGCAUGCACUUUACGGGCUGGAAGCUGGGUCUCAAGACGGGCAUGUACUACCUGCGCACGCAGGCGGCUGCCCAGCCGAUCCAGUUCACGGUGGAUCAGGAGGCGUUGCGCGUUGCUGAUACCAAUACGAACCGCCCGGCUCUGGCGCCCAAGAAGCGCGCGCCGCCCAGCGGCACGUACCCCACGUCGUUGUCGAGCGGCAUGCCCCAGCCCUCGUACAGCAACGGCCGCACCAACGGUGUCAGCACUAAGAACGGUGCGCCGGCGACCGGUAUUGAUAACGGCAUCCCGACGCCGAGCACGACGCCACCGCCGCCUGUCGCUCCGGUUUCGGCUCCUCGUGUGGCUGCGUCGCCGACCAAGCCGAUCCCCUUCAAGGCCGACGUUGAGGAGGGCGAGUCCCCCAAGGCACUGCCAACGGAGCCGGCCGGCAAGCCCAAGAUUGAGGAGCUGGCGGACCCGGCGCUGAGCGGCAAGAAGCCGCAGAGCGAGGACGGCGACGAGGACACCCAGGACCGCGAGCACGACAUUUACGCCGACGCGGUUCUUGCUUGCAGCAUUGAGAACCCCGAGGCCUGCGUCAUGUGCAGCGGUUAG